AGAAGAGGUCCUGUUACAAGUGUUCUGUGCUUGUUACUCUUUGGUCCUACGCUGACAUAACACGUCGUUUUCCAUUAUUUUUUUAAGGAUGAAUACGAGUUCAAUAAACUGAACAUUGACUUAAAAUGUAUAUUUGAAUUUAGCUCCUUAAUGGUUCGAAAAACACAAAGUGGAAAAUCCCCUAAAAAAUCUAGAAAAGUUGACCCUGAAUCAGAUAAAGAUGUUAUGUAUAUGACUUAUGGGGACUCGUCUGUUCAUAAAAGGAAUCUGUGUAUUGUUUCGUUUCCCAUUAUUUUUCUUUUCAGUAUAUUGAGAGCAUUAUUGUACCAAAUUUUCGUUAUACUUCGAUUUCUCUACUGUCGUUCGUCGAGCUAUUUAAUUAAGCCACGUAAAUUGCAGAAUGGAAAUAUAGAAAGUAGUUGUGCUAUUGAAGAAAUUCAAAUGUCACAUAAUAUACAAAAAAAUUCAGGUCCUGGUCCAGGGGACCCUCUGCUAGCCAAGCAGAAACAUCAUCAUAGAAGAGCAUUUGAGUAUAUUUCUAGAGCCCUUAAAAUAGAUGAAGAAAAUGAAGGUCAAAAAGAAACUGCCAUCGAAUUAUAUAAGAAAGGAAUUACAGAACUCGAAUUGGGUAUUGCGGUACACUGCUGGGGAGGAAGAGGUGAAGUUUGGGAAAGGGCUCAAAGACUCCAUGAAAAAAUGAAAACUAAUUUGUCCAUGGCAAAAGAUAGACUCCAAUUUUUAGAAAGCAUGGGUAAAUUACAGCAAUUGAGUGUAGAACAUGAUCAAUCAUUAGUCACCACCCAUAUCCCAACUUUAAAACCUAAUAUCACAAAAACAGCAUCUGGGAAGAAAUUAACUGUAGCUACUAGAAGACCUGGUAAUUCACCUUUGUCUAAAAGCCAGACAUUGCCAAGAUCAAUGGGUUCCCGCACAACACCUGUACAGCCAGUUCGUCCUUUUAAUAAGCCAACACAGACUCCACCUGCAAUUAAGAAGCAGUUAUCUGUUCCUGGAAGUGGAUCUCCAGCCAGAAAAUUCUUAGCUAGUCAAGGUACCAGUAAGCAAACUUGUCGAGGCAAGUCUCCAUCUCAACUGAAAGGAGUAGAUCCAAAAUUGGCUCAAAGUAUUUUGGAUGAAAUAGUGGAAGGAGGUCCAGCUGUUCAAUGGGAUGACAUAGUGGGUCAAGAAACUGCCAAGCAAGCUCUUCAGGAAAUGGUUAUUUUACCCUCCCUUCGUCCAGAACUCUUUACAGGACUGAGAACACCCGCAAGGGGGUUACUUCUGUUUGGGCCCCCUGGAAAUGGCAAGACUUUAUUAGCAAGAGCGGUAGCAACAGAAUGUCAAGCAACAUUCUUCUCAAUAAGUGCCGCAAGUUUAACAUCAAAAUAUGUUGGUGAUGGAGAAAAAAUGGUUAGAGCGUUAUUUGUUAUUGCAAGGGAGUUGCAGCCUUCAAUAAUUUUCAUUGAUGAAGUUGAUUCUUUGCUUUCUGAACGCACCAAUAAUGAACAUGAAGCAAGCAGAAGGUUGAAAACAGAAUUCCUUGUUGAGUUUGAUGGAUUACCAUCUAACCAAGAAAGUGAGAAGGUUCUUGUGAUGGCCGCAACUAAUCGACCUCAAGAACUAGAUGAAGCAGCUCUUCGUCGAUUUCCCAAAAGGGUUUACGUUACACUACCUGACAUGGAAACUAGAAUGGAGCUAUUAAGAAAAUUAUUGGCUAAACAAGGUUGUUCUUUUACUCAACAAGAGUUGAAAAGGUUGGCUACACUAACAGAAGGAUACUCUGGAAGUGAUCUCACUGCACUUGCUAAAGAUGCUGCUCUGGGACCUAUACGAGAAUUGCAACCUGAACAAGUGAAACAGAUGGAUCCAAGUGCAGUCAGAAGUCUUACGAUGAACGACUUCCUGGAAUCUUUGAAGCGUAUAAGAAAAAGUGUUUCACCUCAUAGUUUAGUGGCUUAUGAAAAAUGGUCAUUGCAGUAUGGAGAUGUCUCUAUUUAGAAGUAAUACUUUGGUACAUUUCAAACUUGUCUUUUAUAUUAUUUGGUCUUGUUUUUUAUACUUUGUCUGUGAUAAUUGAUGUAAUUGUAAGUGUUUAUCAUUGCUGCCAAGGAUGAGUUUUGAAGGUUAUAUGGUUUAUUCGAUACUAAAUUAUAUUCAUAGCGAUACAACUAUGCAAACUGGAUAUUUUAUGUUUGUUAGCUUCUUUAACUAUUGAAGCAAUACUUGCUAUUAAUAAUUGAAUUUCAUUACGCUUUUUAUUGCUAUUAUGUAGACUUAGUAUCAUGGACAUUAAUAUAUUCACUUAUAACUUACAAAA